CAGAUAUGAAUGAGCACAGCAGUCGAAGUCAUAGUGUCUUCCUCAUAAAUGUGAAGCAGUUGAAUUUGGAGAAUCAAAAGAUGCUGUCUGGCAAGCUUUACCUCGUUGAUUUAGCUGGUAGUGAAGAGGUGAGCAAGACAGGAGUUGAGGGAACAGUUCUAGAUGAAGCAAAGAAUAUAAACAAGACCCUGUCUGCACUGGGAAAUGUCAUAUCUGCCCUUGCUGAUGGCAAUAAAUCACACAUCCCAUAUCGUGACUCCAAGCUCACGAGGAUCUUGAAAGAAUCUCUAGGAGGAAAUGCUAGAACAACGAUCAUCAUUUGCUGCUCACCUGCUUCGUACAGUGAUUCUGAGACUAAAUCCACUCUGGAGUUCGGAAAGAGGGCGAAGACAAUCAAGAAUGUGGUGACAGUGAACGAGGAACUUACAGCCGAGGAAUGGAAACGGCGAUACGAAAGGGAGCAGGUCAAUCAAAUCAGGUCAAAGGGAGCAGGUAAGGAAGCCUUCCAGGAGGCUAUUGCUACCACUUCUGGUGCUGCCGGAGAUAUUACACCUGGCACUUUCCCCAAUGCCCUGCCACAUGCACCACCUGUGCCAGUAGUGGCUGUUUCUGCCCUGUCUGGAGACGAACGGCUAACAUUUGAAGAGGAGAGGGAACGACUAUACAAGCAACUAGAUGAUAAGGAUGAGGAAAUCAGCCAUAUGUCUCAAAUGAUUGAAAAGCUCAAAGACCAUAUGCUUGAGCAAGAAGAGGUGAUCACAUCAAGCCGGAAGGAUUAUGAGAACGUCCAGGCCGAGAUGUCUCGGAUCCAGCAGGAGAAUGAGUCAGCCAAGGAAGAGGUAAAGGAGGUGCUUCAGGCCCUGGAGGAACUUGCCCUGAAUUAUGACCAAAAGAGCCAGGAGGCAGAGAGCAAGAUGCGUGAAAAUGAAAGUCUCUCUGAGGAGUUGUGGCAGAAACAGAGUCUGCUGUAUACUACCAAUUUAGAGUUGCAGCAGAGCAAGGACAUGGCCAUGCUGCAGAGAAGACGUAUUAGUGAGAUGCUUACAAGUCUCCUCAAGGAUCUCAGUGAAAUUGCCUCUACCUUGGGGCAGAACACUGCAGAUGUGAAGAUGUUGUCAAAUGAAGAGAAUGGGAAAAUGGAGGAAGAAUUCACAGUGGCCCGCUUGGUUGUCUCCAAGAUGAGAUCUGAAGUGAAAAAUCUUGCCCAGAAGUGUGAAGCCAUGUCUUCAAACCAGACUGAGUUGAAGUCAAAGAUGGAGACGUAUGAGAAGGAAUUGUCAACCUGUCGCCUGAACAUGCAAGGCUAUGAGGCACGUGUGAAAAGCCUCCAGGAGUCGAUGAAAGAGGGGGAAAACCGUAAGAGAGCACUUGAAGAGACUGUGGAUGCUUUACAAGAGGAGUGCGCUAAGCUCAAGGCUCAAGAACAAAUGACUGCAGUGGCGAGUAAGGAGCGAGCAGAAAAAGAGGAAGUGCAUCGUAUCAAGGAAGCCCUGGAGCAGCAGAUCGACCAGCACAGAGAGCAGCAUCAGCGCCAACUUGCUGCUCUUCGUGAUGAGAUAGCUGACAAGCAGCAGACCAUCGAAGAACUGAAGGACAUGAACCAGAAGUUGAACCUGUCUCAGGAGAAGCUGCUGAUAGACUAUGAACGUCUGAAGAAGAUCGAAGAGGAUAAGACCCAAAAACUCAGAGAACUUACAAUGCUGAGUGACCAGAGAGAGCUAGCCAAGCAGGACCUGAAGGGGCUUGAGGAAACUGUUGCCAAGGAGUUGCAGACCCUUCACAAUCUGCGCAAAAUGUUUGUUCAAGACCUUCAAAACAGGGUCGAGAAAAGUGCAGCAGGAGAGGAAGUGGAGGAAGGAGGAUCACUGGCUCAAAAACAGAAGAUCAGCUUCUUGGAGAACAACCUCGAUCAGCUGACCAAGGUCCACAAGCAACUGGUUCGUGACAAUGCAGAUCUGCGCUGCGAAUUGCCCAAGCUGGAAAAGAGGCUGAGGGCUACGAUGGAGCGUGUGAAGGCUCUGGAAGGUGCGCUCAAGGAAGCCAAGGAGAGUGCUAUACGGGACCGCAAGCGAUAUCAGUUUGAAGUGGACCGCAUCAAGGAAGUAUGGCGACAAAAGAAUCUCGCCCGACGUGGUCAUGCUGCCCAAAUAGCCAAGCCGAUUCGGGCAGGGCACCACUCGGCAAUAUCUGGAGGUUUCAUGGGAGGAGUCGGAAUGCCUCCUGGAAUCCGAGGGGGUCAGCCCAUCCGUCCUCCCUCCGAACUCGAGGUCCAGGCCUUGAAGGCACAGCAACAAAAGAAACUUCUCGCCUCUGGUUCUUCUUCCUUCAAGCGAGAAGGAGGAGACAGCUAAUGUGCACAAGUGUCAAGGUGGUGAUUUGAAAGGAUGGUGUUGUCUUGGAAUCAUUUUCAUUCCUUCUCCCCAAUGUCUUUGCUUCCUUUCAUCCUGAUUUGUGAUUUGAUCCAUGGAUGACAUUCUCCUCCG